GCCAUGGCGGCACGGCGGGCGGCGGGCGCGGGCCGGAGCGAAAUGAAAAAUAGACCAACGUCAGCGCCCGGCCUUCCUCUGGAAAUUGACAUCUAGCGGACAACGAGUGCAGCCCCCACUGCUCUUUUUCCGCGGUUGUCGCCGUGGCGUGAGGCGCCCGGCGCAGCCACCUAAAGGACGUAUUAAUGAGCACUGGGAGUACAAACACAUCUCACCGCAUGAAGUCAGCAUUGCCAAAUCUGUUGGACUCAGGGGAUGAACUUUGGGGAGCACUGUCUGGCUGUGCCUCGCUGCCAGUUUCCUGCUGCACUACUCUCUGAACUGGAGAGGCUGGUUUUACAGGCCAGCAGACCGCAGCCCUCGUGCAGCAAAGCACUCGCCGCAGCUUGGCCAAGCUGCCCACGCCGCUUUGGAGCACGCUGUUUGCAGCGCCCGUGUGCAUGGCGGGCGGGAAGCCUCGGGAACGGCUCAUCCUUGCGCCCAUCCUGUCUCCCUGCAGAUGCAGAGCCCAGCUGCUGAGCACCCUGCAGCGGCUGGUGGCACGUGGGUUUGUGUGGCGAGGAGCAGGAAUGGCGGCAGAGGUGUCUGUGCGCCCUGAGUGAAGGUCUGGCGUCGAACACAGUCAAGCAGAAUAUACGCUGGUGUGGUGGAAGUAAGGCAAAAGUCAGCUGGACAUGAUGGAGCUCCUAGAGGAAGAUCUGACCUGUCCCAUUUGCUGUAGCCUGUUUGAUGAUCCUCGUGUCCUGCCCUGUUCACACAAUUUCUGCAGAAAGUGUCUGGAAGGAAUUCUUGAGGGAAAUGUGCGGAAUGUGCUUUGGAGGCCAUCCCCUUUCAAGUGCCCCACGUGCAGGAAGGAGACUCCUGUCAUUGGAAUCAACAGCUUGCAGGUCAACUAUUCCCUGAAAGGUAUUGUGGAGAAGUACAACAAAAUCAAAGUAACUCCAAAAAUGCCUGUGUGCAAAGUGCACAGUGGGCAACCCCUUAACAUAUUUUGCAGGACAGACAUGCAGUUGAUCUGUGGGGUUUGUGCCACCCGUGGUGAUCACACAAAGCAUGUUUUCUGUUCCAUCGAAGAAGCUUAUUCCCAGGAGAAGCGGGCUUUUGAAACCUUGUUUCAGGGAUUUGAAACUUGGCGUUGUGGAGAUGCCCUCUCAAGGCUGGAUACCUUAGAGACCAGCAAGAGGAAAGCUCUGCAGAUGCUGACGAAAGAUUCUGACAAAGUGAAGGAGUUCUUUGAGAAGCUGCAGCACACACUGGAGCAGAAGCGAAAUGAGAUUCUGUCUGACUUUGAGACCAUGAAGCUUGCAGUGAUGCAGGCCUAUGAUCCAGAAAUCAAUAAACUGAACACGAUUCUGCAAGAGCAGCGGAUGGCUUUUAACAUUGCAGAGGCCUUCAAAGAUGUGUCUGAACCCAUUAUAUUUCUGCAACAGAUGCAGGAGUUCAGGGAAAAAAUCAAGGUGCUCAAAGAAACCCCUUUACCUUGUUCCACUGUGGACAUCAGUCCCACAAUGAAGAGCUUUGAUACCAGCCAAUGGAAUGGAAUAAAACUUGUCGAUGUGGACAAACUUUCCUUGCCUCAGGAAAGCAACACUUUCAAAUUCAAGAUUUCCUCAGUCUUUUCACGCAGAUUUAUAGUGAACUCUCUUAUUUUCUUGCUCAUUCUUGCUGUCACCAGAAUGUCCUUUGUGGAGUCAGUCAUUGACAACUUCCAGUGCUGGAAAUCCCAGUUCCUUACAAUUUGCUUGUCCUAUUUGGCAGAUACUGUGGAGAUAGCAGAUCAUGCAGUCUUUUACUGGGAACAGAUGACAGAUGGAGCCUCACUGUUAAGAGAAAAGUGUAAAAACUAUACAUUGGUUGUACUGGAUAAUGUUGCACAGUUUGUGUGCAAAUAUAAACUGUUGUGAAGUGUCUGCUGGAAUAUAAUAACUAAGAGAGAUCUGGGAAAGAAAACAUGGGACUUCUCAAAUUAAUUGGUCUUUUCAGACUUGCAGUGAAAACAUUCAAAGAUUCAAAAUUAUUCCAAAACAUUCAUAAAGUUCACAUAGUUUGAGCACUGCUAAACCAGAAAAUGAAAUGGAGCUUUGAAAAACACCUUGUGGAUUCUUCUUUCAGUAAUGAUUAUGGGAAUAUUACUCACUGUAAAUCAUUUUUCUUACCAAAAUACAGGGCCAAACUGUAUCUUUAGUUUGGUGUUAAUGUAAUUGUAGAAUAAGGUAAAAGAUUAUAGUUUAAAAAAAAUUCUAACUAGGAGAUCGUUUGGAAAGAGGAAGAAGAGUUGUGACUGAGGUGAGCACUGUGCUGACAGGUUUGCUGAGGACUGCCCUUCCACUGCAAAAUGCAGCAUGCAUCAUUCAGGUUCUGGAACCAGCUUCUAUCUGACAGUGUUACUUCUCUCUGAAAUGGCUAUAUGUUUUGGUUUGGUUUUGUGGGGUAUUUUUUUUGCAUAACCAAAUACUGUAAGUACCCUGUGCAUUCAGAUUUCAUAUUUUAUACAAAAAUGUAUCUUCAGGGCAAGCAUAAAUUCUAGAGGUAAUGAUAAGAACAAGCUGCAGAAUGGUAUGUGCUUUGCAGAUAGUUCAUACUUUGCAGUUGACUUUUCCAACGUCAAAUUGUUGGCGUAGCUGGGCUGUUUUGUUAGAUCCAUGUUUCUCUGAAGCCACACUUUCUUUAAAGCUGGCCUUAACAUAAAGAACUUAGUGCAAUGAAAGGCAUGCUGGAGUCUGCCACAGGAAGGCAGCCUGGGCUCUAGCCCUGCAGAGGUCACAGGUAGAACAGUUGCUCUCCUGUCCCUCUCUGCCUCUCCAGAUUGCAAUUCCAAAGCCAGGAAAAAUGUCUGGAUGAUUCCUGGAACAGGUUAUGUGAUGCAGCAGGUGUAUGGAUGUUGGUGGUGUUUGAAGAACCUUGCAUAGGUUCUUCUGCUGUUGCUGUAUUUCUAUGUAUCUCGUUUUGGGAACUGUUUGAAUUUU